AUGAUCCAACAGAAACAAGAGAUAAAUUUCGGCAAUAGAAAGAAUCUGCGGAUCUGGGGUUUUAUCUUCAUACUUUCGGUUUCUUUCUUCGUGCACGAACAAGGCGACAACGGUUUGUUGAAAUACUAUGCAUAUGCAACUAGUCCAAGUCAGGACGCUGUCCCCAAGGAGCGUCUGAAAAACGGAAAAGUGGAAGCAAAGAAUAGCCCAAGCAACGACACCGUAUCCACAGAAACGCUGAAUCCGUCACCUGAAACAUUGGGCAAUGAAAACGGUGUAUUAUUGGUAGAAGAUAAUAUCCCAAGCAACGACACAAUAUCCAAAGAAACGCUAAAUCCAUCACCUGAACCGUCAUCAUCGGAACUAGUCAACAGUACAUUGGAAGAAGACAAUGUCCCAAGCAACGACACAGUAUCCAACGAAACGCUAAAUCCAUCACCUGAACCGUCAUCAUCGGAACUAGUCAACAGUACAUUGGAAGAAGAUAACAUCCCGAGCAACGACACGGUAUCCAAACAAACGCUAAGUCCAUCACCUGAACUGUCAUCAUCACUAGUGAACAGUACAUUGGAAGAAGAUAAUCUCCCAAGCAACGAUACUGCAGUAACCAAAGAAACGCUAAGUCCAUCACCUGAAGCGUCAUCAUCACUAGUGAACAGUACACUGGAAGAAGAUAAUCUCCCAAGCAACGAUACUGCCGUAUCCAAAGAAACGCUACAUCCAUCACAUGAAACAUUGGGCAAUAGUACCGGCAUAUUGGAAGAAGAUAAUCUCCCGAGCAACGACACCAUCUCCGAAAAACCGUCAAUUCUGUCAUCAUUAGACCACCUUGUCAACAGUACAACAAAUACGAGCAUGUUUUUGCCUUCCAUUCCGACAAAUCCAAAUUCGACCGUUGACACCGACAUUGUUAGAAUAUGGCACGAUCCCUAUAGUGGAUCCGUUUGCAUUCAUUUGAAGGAAGAUGCGAGGUGUCCACAUCCUGCCUUGCUUGGUAGACUAUCAGGACCAGCGCUGGCAAUCUUGGAUUGGAAAGAACUGGAAAUAGAUGGAGCUGUUGCAGGGACUAUGUUAUGUGGUAGCUACAGCAAUAAGUGGCUUGACGCUGGAGAGUACUUUCUGGAGAUCAUAGUUUUGUAUUGUGAAGACUUUGGAGUUGGAACUAUUGGAAGAAUCCAUGACAACAACAUUACGGCAUGGUUCAAUACGACAUUGAGGUGCAAUGUGGAAGACCCGAUGAACAAUCGAAUCACAUCGAAAACCAAUAGUACGAUAUUGAUAACAUCCCCCACUUCAGGGACUGGGAAUUAUCGUAUCGGACGUUGGGUGCGGCGGAAAGGUUUGCCGCUCCGACCUUUAUUCACACGAUCUCAGCCAAAACCAUGCUUUGGGAAGAGACUGUCAGCGGAAUUGCAAGAGCAGUGCAGUGCAUUUACCGGUCGAGAUAUACCUAGCAAAGGACUUUGGCGAGAUUAUCAAGGCGAGGACAUUCGUGGGCUACCCGAGUAUGAGUUUCAGUGGGGCCUCAAUAUUACUACUACUGGGGACGGAGCAGAACUUAUUGAUAGGCUCCGACAACGAAUGCACGAGAAUUCGACAUUCCCCAAGAUGUGCGCAGUUGGAGACUCUCACAGCAAACGGAUGGUCAGAGAUACACUCCCUGUGGCUAACCUGACUGGUAUGUUUAGAUACAUCGGAUCCAAUUGGCCUCAGCCAGGACAAAUCGAAGCUAAACUGAGUGGUAGUGGCUGUGAGAAAUUGUUCGUCCAGAUAGGACAGUGGCCUGCAAGCAUUCACACCGGGGGUAAUCCAUUCAAAUUUGGCAAAUAUCACGACCAGGUGAAGGAGCAUGUGCAAAACAUUUUGAAAACGAUUGAAAAUAAUACCGAUGGGAUGAUAUAUCUGCCUACCCUUGACCACAGUCCUCUCAACGGGCGAAUUACCAGAUGUACGGAUUGGAGAACUCCACCAACGAUGGAUGGAUACUCCUUUGUCAAUCAGCUGAUUGAGCAUGAGCUGAAAAACACCUCCAAGGUGAAAUAUAUCGAUACCAGUUUCAUAAUCUAUACUCACUGGGAUGGCCCCCAAGAUUGGCAGCAUCUGGCGGAAGAUGUAAGAUACGAGAAGACACUCUUCAUGGCAGCUCUACUUUUGGGAGAAUUGGAUGGGCUGGACCUUGACUGA